AUGACUGCUGUCGUAGAAUAUUAUCCUUCACCUGGACAUAUUGGAAAUGAUCUGUUUUUGAAAGAUGAUAUCAAGGACAUUAAUGAAGAUAGUCAAGCUAUUGAACAGAUAUAUUCAUAUUGGUUUGGUGAAAAUAUUAAUACAUGGUCGAAAACGUAUCCGUUGAAUACAAAACUUUGGUUUAAAGUUCAAGAACAAGUUGAUCGAGAGAUUAAAGAGAAAUUCGAAGGUUUGUUAAUCGACGCAGCAAGACCGAAUAGUGAUCUUUAUCAACGUUGGAAAAAGACCGAUCGAGGCAAACUGGCUCUUAUUAUCUUAUUGGAUCAAUUUUCUCGAAAUAUGUAUCGAGGUACAGCGAAAAUGUUCGAAUUUGAUUCUUUGGCACUUUCAUUAGCCCUUGAAAUCACUGAAGAUUGCACACAUAUUAAAUCUUACAGUUUACCUGAACGUCUCUUUAUCUAUCUUCCAUUGGUUCAUUCCGAGAACCUCGUUUACACUACCAAAGGUGCUGAUCGACUGGAACAGUUGGCAUCUGAAGUGACUCAACGUGAUGUUCGUCGACGUUAUGCAACCAAUGCUCGAUCAGCACGCGUUCAUCAACAAAUUAUAGAAAUGUACGGUCGUUAUCCUCAUCGAAAUCAUCUUCUUGGACGACAAUCUACCCCGGAAGAAGAAGAAUAUUUAAAAACAGCACGCAAUGGAUUUGUACGAUCUGUUCAAACAAUUCAAUGCCCAUCAUCUUCCAUACUGAUGCCUCCAGAUACUUCUUCGACGUAUCCAUCUCUAAAAAUCCUUGUUCUGCAUGGUUUUCAUCAGAAUUCGAAUAGUUUGAAACGUAGUGCGAAAAAACUCUUUCGAGAAUUAAAAGGCAUUGCCACAUUCUAUUUUGCUAAUGCUCCUUUACCGUAUAAUCCUACCGGUGAAGUCAAAGAACAGCUUCUCGCUGCUUUUGGUGAUGGAAAUCUUCCCGAAAUAAGUUAUCAACGACAAUGGUGGAAUGCGUCGAAAGAUAGUAAAAUCUAUCAUCACUUGGAUGUUUCAUUACAUUAUUUGGACAAAUUAUUUAAGUCCGAUGGACCAUUCGAUGGUGUUUUUGGCUUUGCUCAAGGAGCAGCUUUAGGUGGAAUUCUGUGUGGAUUACAACCAUUUGGAAAUAUAUCCUUUCAUUUUGCGAUCCUCAUCUCAGGUUUUGCUUCUCGAGCGGAGUGUCAUGAACAUUUAAUGCAACCGAAUGCGAUUAAAAAUAUCUCGUCGUUGCAUAUCUAUGGAGUCAAUGAUGUUUUAAUUACAAGCGAUCGAACCUUGAAAUUAGCAGCGGCAUUCGAAAAUCCGAUCAUUGUUUCACAUCCAGGUGGACAUUUUACGCCGAAUACCUGGCCAACUAAUAAUAUCAAACAAUUUUUACUCGAUCAACAGCAACAACUAUUGCAUCAGUCUGAUGGAAUAUCGAGCUUUGGUGAAAAUCUACCUCAAUCUCUGAUCACAUUUGAAGAGAAACUCAAAGCAACAAUCAAAUUUCAUCAAAAGCGAAUUGUGACCUUACUAUCCGCAGAACGAAAAGAAAAUAAAUUGCCUGUCAUUCUUGUUGGUUUAUCAAAACCCAUGGACAAAUCAACUCUGGAGACGAUUAUUGAUCAUAUUAAUGAUCAUUUAUUGGAUGAUGUUAUGUUGUUGAUCUGGUCAAAACGAACGGGUUUUCACAACACGGAGGAUUCAUCAUCCUUAUUUUUUCGACAUUGGCUUUUAUUGUAUCUGAAAAAGUCUUAUGAAGUCCUUUCGUGUUAUUUACGCAUUAUCCCUAAAUACGGUAGUUGGGCAGAUUUGAAGACACUCUAUGUCUGUGCUUCCCAAAUGGAAGGUGAAUACCCAGAUCAGAAAGGACUACUAGAUCAGUUAAAAAGUGCAUGUGUGAAAAUGUUUGCUGAUCAACUACGACAAGAUCAUCGAACUAUUUUGAAGCAACCAGAUGAGUUAUCUAAUGAGGAGGAAGAACAAAUGAAUAUCGAAAGUCAAGAAUGGAUUAGCAAUUGUGCGAAAGAAGCGCCGAGAAUUUCUAAUAAUCCAAAGAACAUGAAUACAGUAAUGGCAAAAGAUAUAGCUCGAUAUAUGCAUCCAUUGUCUCCUACAGCUAUGAACAAUGAACGACAGUUAAAAGCAGAAAAAGGCUAUGCUUAUUUAUUAUAUAAACGAUUGAUUUCAGCUGUUUGUCAAGUAUUGGAGAAAGCCUCACCAACAUUCGUCAAUGAACAAGCGAGAUCAAGAAAUCGAAAAGAUCGAGCUUUACGAUUAACAAAAGAACAACGAGAAGAAUUACUAAACGCUCCACCUUCCACUUACAUCACAAACCCUGAGCCAGAACCAGUUGUUCCAUGUGCAUUGGAAGAUCUACAACCACUUUUCGAUCAUUUAACAUCGAAUAAAUCUGGACCUGGAGACGAAAAUCAACCAGUAGUUUUCACCCGCGGUACUAUCAUGUCUGGUGGACGAUUAGAUUUAUGUAAACAAGUCGUCGGUCCACAGGGUAUUCAACCAUUACUCAAUGCUAUGAAGAAUAGCGAUGUUGUCAAUCGAUUAUUGCUUGGAAAUAAUAUUGUCGGUCUUCCGGGUGCUCAAGCGAUAUCGAACUACAUUCGUUUUAAUCAGGAUUCUCAUAUUGAUACGUGGUAUAUCGCUGGAAAUAAUUUCGAUAGUGAAUGUAUAUCAUUGAUAUGUAAUGCAUUGGUGAAUGAUAUGAAAGUUAAAGCACUUUGGUUAAAACGAAAUCCAAUCUUAACUUCGGGUGUUGUUCAUAUAGCUCAAAUGUUACGAACAAAUCAUUAUUUACAAACAUUAGAUUUACUCAAUACUGGACUAUUAGAUGAAGGUUGUAAAAUCUUAUUCGAUGCAUUCAAAGUCAAUCGUACAUUAAAACAUUUGUAUUUGGAUACUAAUGGUUUAACCGUGAAAAGUGGACGAAUUAUUCGUUUACAUUUCGAAGAAAAUGAUAACCAGUUAGAAUCAUUGUAUUUAUCAUGCAAUGCUUUCGGAGACGGAGGUACUUCUGAAAUAGCAGUUGGAUUGAAGCAUGAUCAGCAUUUGAAACGAUUAGGCUUAGCAUCGAACUGCAUUGGUCCGGACGGUGUACGAGCUCUAGUUGAUGCACUCAUUGCUCAUCCAUCGUUACAACAAUUGAAUCUUGGCUUUAUGAAAGCAACUAUUUUACUUGGUGGACUUGAUAAUGUUAUUGGUGAUGAAGGUGCUGGUGAAGUAAGUAGAUUGAUUCGAUCGAAUGAAUAUAUUCGUUCAAUUGAUUUGACAUUUAAUGGUAUUUCACAACGAGGUUUGAUGAAAUUACGAGAUGCAUUGAGAGAAAAUCGAACAUUAACAACAUUGAAAGUUUUACAAUUCGGACAAGUUCAUAGUGAAAUAACCAAAGAAGAAAUUAAUAUGAUGCUGGAAACAAAUAAGAUUGAAUGGGGAAGACAAGUACUGAGCAAUAUUGAUGGUUCAUCACUAACAAAAGCUGAUUGUUUACAAAAAGGUCAGCAAUUGAAUGAAGAAAUCAAUUUUCCCGAACAUGUCAUGGAGAUUAUUAGUUAUUAUCGAACACAUUAG